GUGAGCUCAAGGCCAGCCUGAACUGCAUAGCAAGACUGUGUCCCAAAAAGACAAAAAAAAAUAAAGAAAAAGAGAUGUCGGUCGCUUUCGUCCCCUACUGGAUGAGAGGCAAGGCGGUGGUUGAUCAAGAAACGAUCCAGCGACUGCUAGAGGAGAAUGACCAACUGAUCCGUUGCAUCGUGGAGUAUCAGAACAAGGGCUGCGCGAACGAGUGCGUUCAGUAUCAGCAGGUGUUACACAGAAAUCUCAUUUACUUAGCUACCAUAGCAGAUGCCAGCCCAACCAGCACUGCAGAAGCAAUGGAGUAAUUUUCUAGUUGUCUGUUGUAAGAGUCAGCGGAUAUAACCUGGCUUCUGUGAAAUGGAAACAGGAUCUUUGUCAUCUCAGCUGCUUAAAACAUGAACGAAACCUCCGUGCUGCUUUUUCAAAUGUGAAAAUGUGAAGAAACCUAUUAACUUCGCUGGAGUCUCAGUGUAAAUAUUUAUUUUCAUAAUAAAUCAGAUCCCGCACUGAA